CUGUGGCGUGAAAUUCUUUACGAUUCAUCUGAUCUGUAAGUUACACCUUGAUGUACGAUACUUAUUUUGUCAUUAUUUUAAUGUUUAAUUGCCGUUGAUAAUUUUAUAGUAAUGUGGCUAAUUGUCAGUGGCUUGACACGUUUCCCGUGGAGCAGAGAGCGUUGAUGGGCCGAAUAACUUUUUCUAUGAUCUGCUGAAAGCAUUGAUUCUAAGGAGAUGGAAGCUUUUUUGAAGCUGAGCAGCCAGAGCCGCGGUAGAGACCGCAUGCUCAGAACUAUUCAGUAUGCAUGCACUUUGCUUAAGUAUCUUUUGCAAAAUAACAGCACUCAGAAGGAAUUGCUUAAAAAGCUGCAAAAUCUGGAGUCUAAUAUGAGCACUGGAAGAAAAUUGUUCCGACUUGGAAACAUGCUAGACUCAAUAGGAGGAGUGCAGAAGGCUUUACAGCUGCCCAAUCCAGAGGUACGCCUGCUACUUGUGACUUCCUGUCUAAGCCGUACUCUCUACUUUAUUUGCGAUAAUUUGCUGUGGGCUAGAAGUAUCGGAGUGAUAAAUUCCAUUAAUAAAGAGAAGUGGAGCCUGCUAGCCACCCGGUUUUACUUCAUCUCGUUGAUUAUGGGCUUAAGUCGAGACAUUUAUGAGCUUUACCAGGCAAUGAAGCAAGAUGUUCGUGGGCAACAAAUUCAGAAGAAGAUUGGUCAGCACAUUUCUGAGGGACCUGAUGUAGCCUGUAUUGGUGUCUUCCGACUGGAAUAUUUCCUAAUACUGCUUUAUUACAGUGUAAAGAAAAACCCACCACUGUUGCUGGAUUCUAUGAAAAAUGUUUUUGACCUCUUUAUUCCGAUGGACAGACUUGACAUUUAUAAGACAAAUUCUGGAGUUGUGGGGCUAUGUGGUUUGGCAUCAUCCCUGUUUGGGAUCCUAACCAUAUUGAAACCUAGUCUCAGGCUUAGUCCUUAAUGCCUGCAUAACUGAUAUAAAGUUAACAAAACAUUCACAGAGAAAUGUAAUGACAAAUUCUACACUAGAAAAAAAUAUUAACCUUGCAACACAGGUCUCCCUUUUGUUUCUGAUUAUGUUGAUAAUACUGCGGUUGUCUUACACUAAAUAUCUUACCUUUUAGGUUUUAAAGUUAGGAUAAGUAGUAAUGAUUAUUUUUUUUAUGGUGAAGCUAUACUUACCAGGAACCAAAGAAAUGGAGUAUUACCUGUUUCAAAAUAUUAAAAAGAUCAACAUUAUUUUCUAUGCAAAAUAGAUAUUUUGAUAAAUUAUAGAGUGAAUGUAUACAGUAAACAUUAAUAAUUAUAAUAAGCUACAGUAUGUACACUGAGUGUAUUUUUCCAAAUUCAAAUUUUUGCUGCUAUAUAUUCCCAUAAUAAGCUGAGGCUUCUGGGGCAGUGUUGUGGUUAGGUUAAUGGUUAGAACAUAAUGGUGGAACACUUCACAUCUUCUGCAGUAGUGGCCUCUUCUGGUUUAUAUGGAAAAUUGCAAGACUAAAAAUGUGAAACAAAAGAAUGAAAAGUAUCAGCAGAAGAAAUUAGUAAAAGUUGCACUAUGUCCAAGAAGCAACAACAGGCAUGUGUUUGCCAUUAUAGAAGACUGAUCUGCAGUUUAAAAAAAAAAUGACUUACAAUUUUAGGCUCUUUGCCAUCCCUGGGAUUUGUCGUAAUAACUGGAUGAAGUGAGGAGGAUUGUGUAACUGUUUGCACAAUUGGAAAACUGUCUGAACAUUUCAUGUUUGAGGUUUAUUAAGAGUAGCAGCAUGGUUACUUGAAAGAAGACAAACUGCUAAAUUAUGAGAUCUUUUAAUUAGUCUUUCUAGAGCAGUAUAUGGUAUUCUUAAUGUAUGUAUAUAUUUUUAUUUUAACA